AUGCAGAUGUUUGCGCUGAGCGCCAAGUGCUACGACCAGGCAGGGGACGCGGUGCGCAAGACGGCCUGCAACGCCAUCCACGAUCUCUUCACGCUGUCGCAGCAGGCUGCGCCGUCCAAGGAGGACGCCUCGGGCCCCUCCGCCGCCCCCCGCGGCCGCGCCGCGAAGGCCGCCAGCGCCGCCGCGACCAGCACCGGCAAGGAGCGCCGCCGCCAGGUGCUGCUCUCCGCAGCCGACGCGCUGCUCGCCUGCGCCGUCGACGGCGGCGCCGCCGCCGCCGCCGCGGCGUCCUCCACGCCUAGCCAGGGCGGCGACGGUCCCGACCAGCCCCGUCCGCCCGGCUACGGCCCGCAGCCGCCGACGCCGCAGGACCUCGCCCUGUGGCUGCGCCUCGCCGCCAAGGCGUUCGCCGCGGCCGGGUGCCACCUCGAGGCCGGCCGCCUGUACCAUGCGCUCGGCCAGACGGAAGCCGUACGGUCGCAGUUCAGGCGCUGCGCAGGGCGCGAGGGCCUCGCCGACGUUUACGAGAAGAUGGCCGAGGCAGAGCUGCAGCGCACAACGCACGGCGCGGGCGCCGGGUUCGGCGGGGCGGCGGCGGCGGCGGGACUGCCGCGGAUGGGGGGCGGGUUCCUGGCCGCGGGGCGGCUGCUGAAAGAGGCGUGGCUGGCGCGCUACGAGGAGGGCGAGGCGGGGCGCGCGCGCUGCUGGGCGCUGCUGCAGGAGCAUGGGGAGGGCCUGCGGGCGCUGCUGCCUGCGGCCAAGGUCGAGGCCAUCGCCCUGGCGGAGAUGCAGCGCGCCAAGGGGGAUCGCGAGGCGCUGCUGGCGGCCUCGAAAUUUGUGUCGGACCCGGCGAUGAGGAACGGCCUUCUGCUCCAAGCCGGCCUGUGGCAGGAAGUGGCGGCCGCCACAAAGGACGCCGCCCACGCGGCGCGCCUCCACGCGCAGCACGGCGACUGGCGCGGCGCCGCGCGCCGCCUCGCGGCCGGCGGCCUCGAGCGCCUCACGCUGCCGCAGGUGAUGCAGGCGCACCGCUGGCUGCUGCGCUGCGGCGACGCGAGCGCCGCGCGCGAGGCGAUCGCGCUGUGGGAGGCACUGCCGGAGGAGCGGUACACGACCGACGCGCGGGAGGCGCGCGCGGCUGCGCAGCUCGCGCUCGCGCGGCUGCUGCUGCGCGGCGCCGCGGGCGCGGGCGGGCCGGUCACCGUCGCGCCCGCCGCUGCCGGGGGCGUCGCCGCAACCGCCGCCGCUGAGGUGGCGGAUGUCGUGGACUUCAUGCAGCGCGCUGACGAGGCGCGCCACAUGCUGCAGGCUCUGGACUUUGAGCUGACGGCACUGCAGUCCGGCGGCCGCGCCCCCGUGCGCGGCACCGGCGCGGCACCGGCCGCGGCGGAGCUGCCGCCGGAGUACCGGCGCCUGCUGGUGGGCGGGCUGGAGAGAUACUAUGGCGCAGCCCCGCUGGCGAACGCAAAGCGCGCACCCGUGGAGGUGCGAGAGGACGGGUGCGGGCAGCUGCUGGAGGCGCUCGGCUGCAUUUACGCGCGGCCGAGGGGCGAACUGGUGCAGAGCGGCGGCGGCGCCGCGGGGGCGCUGUCGGGCGGCAAGCUCAUGCUAAAGCGCCCGGCGGACGCGGCCGGCGCGCUCGCGGCGCACGUCUACGCGUGCGUCGCGUCGGCCGCGGCCGCGUGCACGCGCGCUGCCGUGGCGCGGCUGCGGCGGCGGGAGUGGCUGGCGGCGUGGGAAGCUGCGGCGGCGGGCGGGGUGACGGAGGAGGCGGCAGAGGCGGCGACCAGCAAGCUGAGGGAGGCCACCAGGGUGGCGCUACUAGCGGCAGGCGCCCACAAGUGGAUGCAGCAGCUGCAGUCAACCCUCCGCGCCAGCCAGCACGAAUGCCUGCGCCGCCUGCCCUUGGGCAGCGCCGACGCGGCGGCGGCCGCGGCCGUGUUUGCCCAGCUGGGACCGCUUCUCCAGGCGCUGACGGCGCCGCCUGUCUGGCUGCCUGACCUCCCCACGCCUCUGGAAUUCAUGCGGGCGGAAGAGCGCAAGCUGGCGGCCGUCCUGCCAAGCGGCACCGGCUGGCUUCCAGUCGCGCUGCGCGAAUCGAUGCAGCGCGCCCUGUCAGCCCUCCCGCCCGACCGCCUCGCCCGCGACCCCAACGCCGCGCUUGCCGCGCUGCGCCAGCGGCUGCUGGCGGCCCCGGACGGGCACGCGGCGGCGCAGGCGGCACGCGAGGCGGCGCGGGAGUUUGCGAAGGCCGCGGGGCGGCUGGAAUCGGACCCAGUCACGCUGCAGCUGCUGCUGCGGCCGGCCGAGCGGGCUGCAACAGGCGCAGGCGGCGCGCGGGUGGUGGACGCAUUCCUGGCUGCCGAGGCGGUCUGGCACUGGGAGGACGGUCGCGCCGCGGCGGCGGUCGCGUCGCAGCUUCUGUUCCUGGAGCGGUGCUGCCUGAAGGAGCAGCUUUCAGGCGCCGCGGCCUCGCAGGCAGCGGCGGCGAGGGAGGCGGCGCCUGCGGCGGCAAUGUCCGGCGUCGAUGCCGCCAUGGCACGCGUGGCGCCGCUGGCGCCGGAUGUUUACCUGUCAAUCCUCGAGCAGACCACGGCGGUCGCCCUGCUUGGGCUCGCACACCCGGUCUUCCUCACUGCCGCAGCAAAAGCUGCGCUCACCGACUUCCGGAACGCGCCAAGGCAUGGGGACCUGACAUCAGUGCAGCGCGCCUGGGCGGCGAGCGCGGGCGCCGGGCGCGGCGCCGCGGCUGCCGCCGCAACUGCGUGCGCGGCGGCGGCGGGCGCGCUGGGCCGGUGCCUGAGGUUGGCGAACGCGCUUGGGGCGGCCAACUGGCGCGGCGCCGCGGGCGGGGGCGGAGGCGGGGCGGUAUUCGCGGAGCAGUGCGUGCGCAUGGCCGAGGAGUCGCCGCGAGAGCAACCAUCGGCGAAAGCAGGGCGGCAGGGGCAGGAGGAAGGCUUUGCCACAAGGGCGGGCGCUGGUGCAACAGCCUCAACGGCGGCAGCAGCGCAAGCAGCAGCAGGAGCAGCAGCGGGAGCAGAAUCAUCAUCAGCAGCUUCGCCUUUGAUGCUGUACAUGUGUGCCCGCGUGGCGCUGCUGCUGGCGUCGGUGGUGCUGAGCCUGUCCGCCUACGGCACCGGGCGCAGCCCCGAGCUGCUGCAGGCGGCCCUCCUGGCGCUCACCAGCAUCUGCGGCGCCGCAGAGGCGGCAGCGUCAGCGGGGUCACCGGCGUCAGUGGCGUCAGCCGCGUCACCGGAGUCAGCGGCGGCACCGACUGCGGCUGCCGCGGCAGCUCCUGGGGGCGAGCAGCGCAAAUCUAAGCAGGCAGAGGGUGACGGGGACGCGGUCGCGGCCGGCUGGGUGCUGGAGGUGCUGCGGCCGCUGAGGCGGCUGGCAGAGUCGGUGCUGACCGCGGGCGCCGACGCAGACGCGGGCGGCGCGGCGCAGCAGGGCGGCUCCAAGCCGCGCAAGGGCAAGGGGAAGGGCGGGGACGCGCGCGUUGGUUUGGAGGCGUGGGCGGCGGCGACGUUGGCGCUGGGGGCGCAGCUCGGGGUGCCGCUGCUCCGGGUGCCCGUCGGCGCGCGCGACACUGUGUUUGAGGGCUUCGGCGGGAAGCCCAAGGGGCAGCUGGACAAGCUGGCACGGGAGCUGGCCGGGAAGGAGGUGGCGCUGCCCAAGAGCGUGGCGGCUGCAGAGGCCGCACACGCGGUGCUGCGGGCGCCGACCCGCAAAGAGGUGCAGUUGGAGCGCCAGCUGACUCAGCAAGAGGUGCGGGAGCUGGAGGAAGGUGCGCGGCGGGCAGAGGCCGCACUGAAGAAGGCGCGGCAGCUGCGGAUGCACCUGCUGCGCGCGUCGCCGCAGAUCAGGGGCGCGCUGCGCGCGCUGCGCGACAGCGCGGCGGCGCGGAUCGCGCAGCGGCGCGCGCAGGAGGAGGAGGAGGCGGCGGCGGCCGCGGCUGCCAAAGAGGCGGAGGAGCGGCGGCAAGACGCGGCGGCGGCGGAGGCGGCGGCGAAAGCAGCCGGCGGGGCAAGCAGCGGGGCUGACCAGGGGCCAGGCAGCGGGCUGAGGGAGGAAUGGGCGAAGCACACGGAACAACUUGCGGCAGUCGCCGAGCAGCUGCUUGCCGGUGGGAUCACGGACACGACCUGCCCCGUCUGCCCGCCGCCCGAGGGCGCGGAGGCGUUUGCCGCGGCGCGCGGCGCGGCCUCGGGCGGGCUGUCCGCGGCGGCGCCGGAAUUUGUGCCGCACAAGCAGCGGGGCACGCGGCACCGCGACUGCGAAGCCGCGUUCCAUGAUCUGCGGGCGCUCCUGGAGUCGGACGUCAAGCCGCUGAUGGAGGCGGCAGCCCAGUGGGACGCGCACGCCGCCACUCUGCUCCACGGCGCCUCGCCCCACGGCAUCCCCUCCUCGCUUCCGCUGCAGCGCCUCGCCUUCCGCCGCAACGAGCUAGUCGAUGCGGCGGCCCCGGUGCUCGAGGCGCUGGCCGCCGCAGUACCCGAGCGCGGCUGGGCGCAGGCGGCUGCGUGGCUGCGGGACGGCUCCGCGCUGGGGCGGCUGGCAGGCGUGGUGGAGGAGGUGCGGCGGCUGUACUACGGGAUCGGCGCUGAGCUGCGGCUGCCGCAAUGCGAGGCCCAUCUGGCGGAGCUGAAUCAGCAGUACCAGUGGCUGGUGCGGGACGGACAGAUGGAAGCCGCGGCCGCGCACCUGCAGCAGGUGGCGGCGUGUCAUGCGAACGUGCAAUUGCUCAAGGGCAUGGUUCAGGAGCUGGAGGGCUUUGGCGGCGUCGAAGCAGGCGCGCUUGCAGGCGGGCCUGCAGCGGCCCGGCAGCAGCUAAACGCCUGGCAGCCGCAGCCGUUGCAGCCGUUGCAGCAGCAGCAGCAGCAGCAGCAGCAGCAGCAGCAGCAGCAGCAGCAGCAGCAGCAGCAGCAGCAGCAGCAGCAGCAGCAGCAGCAGCAGCAGCAGCUGAUGCAGCAGGCGCAGCUGUCCGACCGCCAGAUGCAGCAGGCAGGCGCGCCGCAGCCGCCGAGCUCCCCGCCCCCCCAGCCAAGCUCGGCCCUGGCCGCCGCUGCCGCGGCCGGCGCAGCGGCGACUACUGCCGCUGUGGGCGGCUUCCUGUCCGCGGCAAGGGCCUGGCUGGGCGGAGGCAUCCCCGAGAAACCGCUCACCGCGUCCGUUGCUGCAGGCGAUGCUGAUCUGAUAGCCUGUUCACCGAUGGUCCCGCCCUUCUGCAAUGCGUAA